AUGGUCCAAAUGAUGUCCCGUCUCGUCUUUGGCAGUUUUCUGCUAGUUCACAUUGUGACCGCCUCCAAGUACGGCUCCUCUUCAGGCGGGGCUGGUGGCGGCGGUGGCAGCGGCGGCGGCGAAUCCAUUUACCUCAGCUCCGGCGGAGGCAGUGCCGGAAACGUCGGCGGCAGUUCUGAUGGCGGCUCCUCGCUGGACCUGGGCAGCAUGUUCGGCAUGUCUGACUUUGCGCAGUCCGGUCCCUCGUACCAGUCGGCGGGCGGCGCCAGUGUGCCGGCGGCCAUUCAGACGAAGCGCACCGUCGAGGUGAAGCCG